GCAUGUCGUGAAUUACCCUGACACAACACGGUAUCGUUUAUGCUUCAUGGCAUGUAUAAUCUAAGACUCCGCUGAAGAAAUUGUAAAGAAUUGUAUCACGAUUGCUUGCAGCCGAAGACUUAGUGGCUGUUCUUCCUACACAAGAAGUAUGUUUGUGGUGGUGGAGAUGGUUGACACCGUAAGGAUUCCUCCAUGGCAGUUUCAAAGGCAACUAAAUGAUACCAUCGCAGAGGAGCUUAAUAAGAAGCUGGCCAACAAGGUAGUAUACAGUGUGGGCCUGUGCAUUUGUCUCUAUGACAUUACUAAGCUGGAAGACUCUUAUAUAUUCCCAGGGGAUGGAGCCUCCCACACUAAAGUGCACUUCAGAUAUGUGGUAUUCCAUCCAUUCCUGGACGAGAUCCUAGUGGGGAAGAUAAAAUACUGCAGCCAGGAAGGAGUGCAUGUAAGCCUGGGAUUCUUUGAUGACAUCAUCAUUCCCCCGGAGUCUCUCCAACAGGCCGCCAAGUUUGAUGAAGCUGAACAAGUUUGGGUAUGGGAGUACGAGACAGAUGAGGGGGCCCACGAUCUCUACAUGGACCAGGGCGAGGAGAUCCGCUUCAGAGUGGUGGACGAGCUCUUCGUAGACACGUCCCCGACAGGCCCUUCUGCUGCAACGGCCGACUCUGCCGCUACACCUGGGACUGAGGACAGCAGCCAGAAGAAGGAGGCUCCGUACACUCUGAUCGGCUCUAUCAGCGAACCAGGCUUGGGCCUUCUCUCAUGGUGGAACAACUAGCGAAGGAAUCAAAUGGACUGGUCAACAUGAGCGGGUGUAAAGUAACAGACACUCAUUUAUCUGACCCUCUCGGAGUUCCCAUGCCCUCCUGGCAAAGUCAUACGAAUGACGUCUUGUUGCAAUUCUGUGGAGCAGCCCGGGCCAAGGACCCUAAGGCCCGAGUACUAGGAGCCGCAGUCCUUCCAGUGGUACCCAGGACAUUACUCUGUGAAAAGGUUGCCAUAAUACUACUGAUGUCUUAGUAUAUCUUUUAAUGUGAGUGAUAAGGGAGAGCUGAGUUAAGCAGUCAAACUGCAAGAGUGUUCAUGCUGAAAGACCCUUAUGAGCACAACAGAAAGGCACUUGACUGGGAUUUCAAUUGGUUUUCCAUCUCAUCUGCGAAAUGCUUGUUCUAAGCUUCGAACCUAUGGAGGCAUGUAUUGUGCACAUAUAACCUCAAACUGCUAUGAUUAUUCAUUUCUCAACACAACUGUAGUGAGACUGGAUAAUUAAGAGAAUACCACAGUUCAAAUGAACGUGUACAGUCCAAUGAACUGUAGCAGCUGAAGGAGUAUGUAAAAUUAGAAUAUUUUUUAUUUAUAUAAUAUUGAAUUUUUUUUUAGCUAUGACUUGGUUUCAUCUGGAGUGGCUCACUAAGCCCCAAACACCAUCAACUGGAGAUGUUUGCGCGCUUAAUUCGAUAUUGAUCGUUGUGAACGUUUUGGAAAAUUUAUACUGCAUGUGAGUUUUUGGUUUUUAUUUUCCAAGCUGGAUGCAUUUUCGAUUAAUAAAAACCAUUUUCCUUG